UACAGAGCGCGCGAUAUAAAACAUUGGGCGCCAGUAAAGAUCGGUGCCACUAAAACCACUGUCCCUUUCAGAAAGGACUGCGUCUUUAGCCACGCGACAAUCACAGAUCAGGACUGAUCACAAAUUAUCAUUUUGAAUUGAAUUUGUGGCAUUCCCUGAAAUAUGAGAUUGCUUCACCCUUUGGAUUAAUUUCUGUGUAGUCUUAGUUCGUUUGUCUCCAAGUGUAAGCUUGUUUUCUGGUCAUGGGGUGUUUUAUGUCAUUUUUAUUAGGCUGGUGAGGGUCUUCACUGUUAUGUAAAUCGGAUACCAGGUGGAUCUAUGUUCUUAGAAGACAAAAGAGACAGCGAAGGGAAAUCACUGGAAGUUUAAGAUCAAGGAGAAUGCAGGCGACGUGUUGGUGCGCGGUGUUUCUCCUUGCACAUGCUAUCUACCUGGUUACAAGUGCGAAUGCCUCCAUUCCAGGGAAGUCAGAUCUCCUGAAAUCAGGAAGCCCCAAGUCAACACUAAAGCACAUAUGGACAGGAAGCAGUAAGGACUUGUCCAUCAGUCGCCUGCUCUCACAGACUCUACAGGGCAAAGAGAAUGCCACGGCCCUUGACCUACGGUACAACACACCAGAACCAUAUUCUGAGCAGGACCUCUGGGAUUGGCUCCGAAACUCCACAGACCUCCAGGAAUCCCGCCCCCGGGCCAAAAGGCGACCAAUAGUCAAAACAGGAAAAUUUAAGAAGAUGUUUGGCUGGGGAGACUUCCACUCCAAUAUCAAGACAGUCAAGCUGAACCUGCUCAUCACAGGCAAGAUUGUGGACCAUGGAAACGGGACAUUUAGCGUCUACUUCCGCCACAACUCUACCGGCCAGGGGAAUGUCUCAGUCAGCCUGGUCCCGCCCACUAAGAUUGUGGAGUUCGACCUGUCUCAGCAGUCUGUCAUUGAUGCCAAAGAUUCAAAGUCAUUCAACUGCCGUAUUGAGUAUGAGAAGGUCGACAAGGCGACCAAGAACACGCUCUGCAACUUUGACCCAUCCAAGACGUGCUACCAGGAGCAGACACAAAGUCAUGUCUCCUGGCUCUGCUCUAAGCCCUUCAAGGUCAUCUGCAUUUACAUUGCCUUCUACAGCACUGACUACAAACUGGUGCAGAAAGUGUGUCCAGACUACAAUUACCACAGUGACACUCCGUACUUCCCAUCAGGCUGAUGUGUUGAACGUCCAUGUGGAAUGGAGGCAGAUGGGGGACAAGAACAGACCCCUUUAAUACAUCAGCUAUUUGUACUGUCCUGAAUGUGUCCGCAAUAGAAAGAUGAUGCUGUCUAUAUUAAAGGUGAAUUGAUUAUCUGACCCACUGAAUAUUACAAUUUGUCAUUAAAAAAAGAGGUUGAACAGAAAGAGGUAAAACGAAAGAAAAGGUGUGCAAGGCAGUAAUGCAAGGAAGUCAGACAGGCAAUUUUAAUAUAAAAGUCGUCUGAUUACUAUGACCUUGUUCCAUUCUGUAUUGUCAAAGGGAUUUGUCAUAGAACAAUGGAUUGUACCUCCAGUAAUAUAAGUUGGUGUCUUGUGGAAUCAAAUGUUGCCUUGUUUAUUCUUUAUUUCUUCAUUCCAUUCCUACCUGAGAGGCUGUACUACAAUACAGAUUAUCAUGGCAUUAGAUUCAGUGAUACAUCUUUACAGUACUUUACAGUACUUUCAUAUUUUCAUUUUCAUACGUUUCAUGAGCACUGAGAGAACAUGCUUGAUGUUACCAUGGAGUAGAAACAAUGAUAGUUCACCCUAAUCUUCAUCACCAGAAUGUUCUUAUCAGCACUUUUUAAUUAUGUCUUCAAAAAGAGUGGCAUAGCAACAUUGUUCCCAAUCAUACGACCCCCCACCCACCUCUUCCCUCCAAACAUAUGAUCAGACAUAAGAUAAUGUGACAGUUAGCUACCCAAAGAGAAGGUGGCACAUUCGAGGCAAUGUAAGUGGCACUCCUUCCUGCUAAAGAUGUCCCUGCGGUAAGCAGACCUUUCAUUACUGGCAUGUUUUAUGAAGCCAUUUUACACACACAGGAACGCCUGCUCUCAGGCCUUCUGUAUUGUCUUUGUAAAGUUCUGGCUUGAAGUAGUAGAUGAGGUCUAUUUUAGGUCUCAUCUGCAGGUUUUUAUUUCUGACAUGAUAAUGUAUGAAAGGUUUACUGACUGCCACUAUGAAAAUAUAUUGAAUUAUAUAACCUAGAGCAUAAUUUAUAUAAAUGGUUUGUAUUGUACAUAGUUGAUCCUGUCCUAAUUGAACUGCUUCUGUUUAUGCACCAGUGUCUGUCUGUCUCCCCAGCCCCCCCCCCCUCUCUCUCUCUCUCUCUCUCUCUCUCUCUCUCUCUCUUGCUAUGUCUCAUGUUCCAUUUCUGCUCGCUUGGUUUAUUGGUUAACAAAAGGAAAGAAAUGACUCAUUUUAUCAAUGUAGCUGUGAAUUCUAUGAUCUAUGGAAAUGAUGUACAAAAGCAGUAAAACUGUCAAAUAUAUAUAAAUAUAUAAAUACCUGUCAUCUCUAUUGAUACAUUUUUUUCUGGAGGGAGGGGGGAAGAUCAAAAUGUACAUAUAAAUAAAAUCCUGAAAAACUUUUUCAGUCAAA